UGAUGAAAGCAUCAGACAUAUUUUUAUAGUUCUGUCGAGGGUUGAUUUCCAUGGAUGCGCCCAAGAGUGUUGAAGAUGUGGUCACAGUGGAUGUUCAUGAUGCUAGAAAACUUCUCAUCGAUUCCGGUCAUCGUUAUCUUGAUGUCAGGACCAAUGAAGAAUUCAACAAGAGUCACGUGGACAAUGCACUAAAUAUCCCUUACAUGUUCAUCACACAAGAAGGAAGGGUUAAAAAUCCUGAAUUUGUAGCUCAGGUCUCGGCUCUUUGUGACAAGGAAGAUUCCCUAGUUGUGGCUUGCAACAGUGGAGGGAGAUCUCUUAAAGCUUCUGUGGACCUUCUUAUUGCCGGCUACAAGAAUGUGAAGAAUAUGGCUGGUGGAUACUCGGCAUGGGUCGACAACGGGUUUGCUCAGGACUCAGCACCACCAGAGGAGUUAAAAACUGCUUGCAAGUUUCGGCGUUGAGAUAGUCUAUAAACCUAAAUUUGGUUUAUGGUAUUAUUGUAUGCAUCAAUGCAUGUUUUUUAUUGUACGUGAAAAAUAAUGUCAUGUGUGUAUGUCUUUUUUCUUUUUUUUUUGAAUAAAAUAUGAGACAUGUGUAUGUAAAGUAAGGG